UAGAGAAGCGAAAACAUGCGUGAAUGCAUCUCUGUGCACGUCGGCCAGGCUGGGGCUCAGAUGGGCAAUGCAUGCUGGGAGCUGUAUUGCCUGGAGCACGGCAUCCAGCCGGAUGGUCAGAUGCCCAGUGAUAAGACCAUCGGAGGAGGAGAUGACUCUUUUAACACCUUCUUCAGUGAAACUGGAGCUGGAAAACAUGUUCCCCGGGCUGUCUUUGUGGACUUGGAGCCAACAGUCAUUGAUGAGGUCCGGACAGGGACUUACCGCCAGCUCUUCCACCCUGAGCAGCUGAUCACUGGAAAGGAAGAUGCAGCCAACAACUAUGCCCGUGGUCACUACACCAUCGGCAAGGAGAGCAUAGAUUUAGUUCUCGACAGGAUUCGUAAAUUGGCUGACCAGUGCACAGGACUCCAAGGUUUCCUCAUUUUCCACUCCUUUGGAGGAGGAACCGGCUCUGGAUUCACUUCUCUGCUGAUGGAGCGUCUCUCUGUUGACUACGGCAAAAAAUCCAAACUGGAAUUUGCUGUUUAUCCAGCUCCCCAGGUGUCCACUGCUGUGGUGGAGCCCUACAACUCCAUCCUUACCACUCACACCACCCUGGAGCACUCUGACUGUGCCUUCAUGGUAGACAACGAGGCCAUCUAUGACAUCUGCCGUAGAAACCUGGACAUUGACCGUCCCACCUACACCAACCUCAACAGGCUGAUCGGACAGAUUGUGUCCUCCAUCACUGCCUCACUGCGCUUCGAUGGAGCCCUGAACGUAGACCUGACAGAGUUCCAGACCAACUUGGUGCCCUACCCCCGUAUCCACUUCCCUCUGGCCACCUAUGCCCCAGUGAUCUCUGCAGAGAAGGCCUAUCAUGAGCAGCUCUCUGUAUCAGAGAUUACCAAUGCUUGCUUUGAGCCUGCAAAUCAGAUGGUGAAAUGUGACCCUCGUCACGGCAAGUACAUGGCCUGCUGCCUUCUGUACCGUGGAGACGUAGUGCCCAAAGAUGUCAACUCUGCCAUCGCCACCAUCAAAACUAAGCGCACCAUCCAGUUUGUUGACUGGUGUCCCACAGGUUUUAAGGUUGGUAUCAACUACCAGCCCCCCACUGUGGUUCCUGGAGGAGACCUGGCCAAGGUGCAGAGGGCUGUGUGUAUGCUGAGCAACACUACAGCCAUUGCUGAGGCCUGGGCUCGACUCGACCACAAGUUUGACCUGAUGUACGCCAAGAGGGCCUUUGUUCACUGGUAUGUUGGAGAGGGGAUGGAGGAGGGGGAGUUCUCAGAGGCCAGAGAGGACAUGGCUGCACUGGAGAAGGAUUACGAGGAGGUGGGCACCGACAGCGUGGGGGAUGAAGGAGAGGAAGAGGGGGAGGAAUAUUGAGUUUUGCAACAACAGUCAGGUCUUAUAUAAAAUAAUGACAUUCCAUGUUUGAUAUAUCUAUUAGUAAAUUCCAGGCUUCCCACUAUGUGCAAGAUUAGUUGUGUGUUACAGAGAUUAAAAAGAAAUAACUGUCAAGGGACUAUCUUUCUUUACUGCUUUCAUCUUCAAACAAUAAACUCAACAUGUUUUCAUUGA